AUGCAGCACUCAAAAGCCUUCUACGCAGCAGCCCAUGAGACCUACAGCCCCCGGCCCCUGGACAAGCCAGAGAGCCCAGCUAGCCGGCCUGUCCAGGCCUUCCCUGAGCCCCUCCCUUCUGUCGGAUCAUCCAACCUAUACCAUCCCCAAAAUCAAGAGAAAGAAGUGUUCCCGUCUCCGCCGGCAGGUUUCCAGAUGGCGCCCUGCGGCUGUUUCUUUGACCCUCGCAUCUACCGGAUCGAGUGGGCCACCACAGACUUCGGCCAGUCGUCUCUGUACAAGCUGGCUGCGGGCGGGGGCGGAGCGGCGGGCGGCGGGGGCAACGGGGCUGGGUCCCCGGGCAGCUACCUCCUGGACCCUCAGCGCUACCUCAAGGCGCCGGUGCAGCCCACGCCGUACCCCCACUACCAGUCUGUGCCCGGCACGCCCCAGUACCUGGUGCCCUACUUCCCGCCCGAGGGGCCCGCCCCCGCCCCGGCCCCCGAGCCCCUGGGCUUCGUGGCGGGGCCGCUGAACGAGGUGCCCCCUUCUUUCCUGGAGCUACCCCCUCACCUACAGAAGGACGGACUGGGGGCCUCCGCUGCCAAGGAGAACAAGCUUCCUCAGCUGCUCAUCACAUUGCCCGGCGAGCCGCUGCUGCAGCCCGGGGCCUACGGUCACCUCAAGGGCCGCCUGAGCCAGCUGCAAGGCCCCGAGCCCCUGGGCUUCCCAGCCUACGCCGACAAGCCCAAGGAGCUGAAGGAGGGCGGUGGAGGAGGGGCCGUGGCCAGCCUUAUCUUCCCCCCCACUCCUUGCUGCCCCGGGGAGCAGCCUCCCCCCGCGGCCAUGGAGUCAGUGCCAGCCCAGCCCGCCCCGGACACCGAGGAGUCCCCCCUGCUGGAGGAAAACAAGUCCCUGGAGGCGCCCAAGCCCUUCGUGCUGCCCGAGAAGGUGCUCCUGGAGGAUGCCAUGAAGCUGUUCGAUUGCUCGCCCGCCAACACGGAGCCCGAGGGGUCUCCUCGGGAGGGCCUGGGGGGCCUGGGCCUGCUCCGGGACGGCCCCGGCCCUCCGCCCCCAGCGGGGGCCUGCGACGAUUCCUCCUCCGACAUCCGGUCCCUCAACCUUCCCGACGAGCUGCUCUCCUUCGACUACAGCGUUCCCGAGAUCCUCGACACCGUCUCUAACAUGGACUAUUUCUACAACUUCAAAGCCUUGGAUGAGGAGAUCAAGUGGGACCUGGCGGUUGUCCCACCGGCCCCCAAACCUUGUCCAGGAGGGGGAACCCCCCCGACUCCACGGCUUGACCCCCCUGGAAAGAAGAAAUCGGGCGCUGCCUCCAAGAAGGCAAAGCCUGGAGUCAAGUCCAAGCUGGCCACGGGCCCAGUUGAGGGGGGACAGAAGGGCCUGGGGCCCAGGCCAGACCCUUGACAAGCCCCUUGGGCUAAGGAAGUAGAGGGACCCGGGGGGUGGGGGGAGCCUAGUGCAUGUGGACGGCCAGUCCGUCCCCCAAAUUCUAUUAAAGUGUAUCUGAUAUA